UAUGCUUGGGUCAUUGUAUCUUCAGUGCAGUCACUCAACCAGUCGCUGCAUUUCUAGCGUCGAUCUCAAUGUUUGCUUUAAAUGGCUCGCACAACAAUGCGAUGCAACUGUAGAUUUCUUUGGCUACAUGAGCUAUUAGCAGCCGAAAUGAAGGAACAUACCUCAUCCAAGCAAAAGCCAGUUGAUUUAAUGCCUUCAAAGUAAAAGAUCUGAAAGAAGAUGAGUUUCGAAAUAUAUAAAGCAUGCCAUUUUUAUAUAGUCCGACCACCCCACAAAACAGUUGACUGACUGAGUCAAAUUACGACGACAACUGGUCAUGCUCAACAUGCAUAUCGGAAAUCAACGAGGAACGCCAGCAGGACGUUGUCAAACAAAGAGUGGAAGUGGAGCUAAUAUAUUGUAGUGCAUUAUUAUUAAUAAUGAUCCAAAGAAAUACACGCCUGUAAUGGAUCCGAGCAUCAGCAGCGGCGUCCAAAACGUAAUGACCACUCCCACCACCGCCACUUUCCAACUCACCACUACCCAGGCUCAACAGUUGAACGUGAACGUGGUGACGCAAGGUCAUGCGCCAAACUCUCAGCACACAACGACCACUACUUUUUCUCUCUCUGCUGACUCGUAUGAAGAAGUGUUUAAGGAAAUCACCAAGAAAUUGUAUGGGGACGAUCAAGGUUUUGCCGAGUUGAUUGAUGCGUCCGGAAAUAUUCAGCAGGCCAACAUAAUCUAUGAUACGGAUGCAUUUAGGACAGAUUUGGGGGGUCAAGGUGUCACGUUCCUCUCCGCUCCAAAUGGAACCCUCCCACCGGGAACUAUUGUACUCCAGAGGAAGAUUUGCCAGGAUAAGGAUGGUCGCUUGUGGUCCAUGGAAGGGGUAGGUGAGCAACUUACACUGGUGCCUGAACAGCAAAGUGUCCACACACCAGCUGCCCCAGCAAUCGCUGCUUCCACUUCCGCGUCCAACCCCACGAUUGAAGAACGAUGGUUUGAAAGUGAGGACGUUUUGAGUUGGACUCCAUCAAAAAUUGCAAGGUACAACCCCAGCCAAAAAGUAUUUCGCUGCGUAGACUGCGACUUUGUGGGUUUCUUGUCUCGAGUGGCCGAGCACUGGUUAGGAAAUCAUGCAUCCCCCCUUCGCGUUUUUCAGUGUCCUCGGUGUCCCUACACGUCUGCUUGGGCUCGUUGUGUUCGAAUGCAUCUCACUCGGCAACAUGGAGAGACGGUGAACGACAAUUCCAUGUGGAAGGAGAAUCCGGUGCUCGAAGAGGUGACCAAAUAUUUGAGCUCUCUCAAGGGAGGUGUGGAGGCACGAGUGGUGGAAGGUGAAGGCGGUGAGCGGAGGUAUCUCUGUCCAUACUGCCCCUACACCACAGAGAGAAGAGACCUCUAUAAUCGUCAUGAAAAUAUUCACAGGGAGGAGAAGCCCUUCGUCUGCUACGUCUGUGAGAAGCAGUUUAAUCGGGCGGACCAUGUCAAGAAACAUUUUACCCGGAUGCACCGUGAGCACCCUUACGACAUUAACAAAAUCAAGAAACACACCCUCAACAAGCACGCCCAGCAAGGAGUCAUCCAGUACAGCAAGCUGGCCAAGCAACAGCGGCAGGAGUUGCAACAACAGAGAGAUGCUGCAGCAGUAGUCGAGGCAGACCUGAUGCAACAUCACCAGAUUGACGUUUCUACUGCCGGACAACAACAGCAACAGCAGACUAUUUCACUUCAGCUCGAUGCAUCCGGCCAAACUGUGACGAUUCCGCAUAUUGCAUAUUUCAACCCACCGUCCACGCCCGGUCAAAGUGGUCCACUCCAGGGAAUCGCAGGAGUUGGAGGAACUAAAAAAGAAAGCAAGUCGAAACAGGGCAAGAUGAAGAAGAAGGUGGGAGAGAAAAUGUACACGUGCUCUUACUGCCCUUGGCAGGGAGUGGACAAUUGGUGCCUCAAGCGCCACCUCAACACUCAUAUCAAACCAUUCCUAUGUGCUCUGUGCGAUUACAAGGCAGCCCGUUCCGAACGCCUUGCAACCCACGUGCUGAAGGUGCAUAAUAAACGAGUAUGUCACAAAUGCUCAUUCCUUGCGGACGACACGGACGCUCUUUCGCAACAUAUUCAGGAUGCUCAUCAAAAUCCCUUGGUCAAAACUGGGUUCAACUGCAACGUGUGUCAAGAGUACUUUGAACUGCGUGCGGAUUUGGAAGCCCAUGCCAUCCUUGAGCAUCAAAAAGUGAUUGUACAGUGUGAUCUCUGUGAUUUUCGAACCACGGAUGAGCUGUCGAUGGAGGCUCAUCUGAGGGAAAAGCAUAACCUCCAACCUGGAAUGGGUGCUGUCGCCGCAGCCGCGGCAGCAGCUCAGUCCCUCGCCAACAAUAGUUCGUCCAGUACAUUUCAAAUGCAACUUCCGACCCGACAUCACAUGCAACUUUCGGAGCCCUUAACUUUGGACCAACAGCAAUCGCUUCUCCUCAAUUCUGGGGAUCCACUCAGCCAAUCCUCAAUUGCAGCCACGGUGGCCGCAGUUUCUGAUGCUAUGCCCCCAAUCACAUUCCAACAAGACGCCAACGGCACUAUCAUCCCAAAAAUAGAACCUGGCCUUCAAUCCAUUGAAGGUGUGGGUGAGUGUCAUGAAAACCUUCUGAGCGGAGAAUUGGUUCAGGGAGAGGAGGAGGAAGAAGAGGAAGAAUCGGAGCCCGAGACACUUUGUGAAAAUUGUGGGAUUGAGUUUGGAGACGAGGCGUCGCUGAAACUACACGAGAAGCUCCACUGGACAGAAGGGCCCAACGACAGGGAGAACCCAGCCAAGAAAAAGAAUAUUGUUCGCUCUUACGUCUGUUCCACUUGUUCCUACACUGCGUCCACCAAACGUCUCAUCAUGCAACACCAACGUGCACACAACGGACUUGAACUAGUGUGUAAGGCCGAUGGCUGCAUGUUCUCCACCCCCUUCGACAAUACUCUCAAAGAACAUAUCCAUUUGGAACAUGCUGCAGAACCAAACGUCAGAUGUCCACAUUGUGGUCUCAAAGUACCGUCGACCAACUCCUUCACCUACCACUGGCGAUCCCAUCACAAGAAUCUUUGCAGUCUCUGCGUCAACUUAUACAGGAUCAAGUAUGGAAUCAAGGAGAACGAUCUUCACCAACUUAUUGCCAAGUCCAUGCUAGAGCUCCUCAAUGAAGACGCUCAAGUUAAAUCAAAACCUGUGAUCCACAUUGACGAAAAUGACAAGAUUCAACAACAGCAGCAGAAUAGACCAACAGAUCAAUUUGUUAAUGAAAUGAGUCAGCCCUCCCCUAGUUGCACUCCCUUGGAUCAUAACCCCAUCAUUCUUCACAACCUCGGGGACGACACAAUCAAGUUGGAGAACAGCUCUUCAGGCAUCAGCAUCAAUACGGAAGGAGAUGAUGCCUCCUCUUUGGACGACUGUCUCAACAAUAAUAAUAACAACAACAACACGACGCUACUUUUGUCCCCGUCUCAAAACUCGUUGGAACCACCUCGAAAGAAACCAAAGCUGGAUUUGCUCCUUGAUUUUUCCUCCAUUUUGUCUGCCUUGGAACGCCAGAAGGCUCGACUCUCGCUCAAAGUGAUCCCAGAUCUGAAUGAAGUGCUCGUAACCCCUGUGAUUUCCUCUCACCAACUCCACAACCCUCGUUGUUCUCCUGCUCAGCACAAGUUGCGAUUUUGCCUCCAAAUCAACAACACACCACGUCGUGUCCUUAAUCGAAAUUCACCCUCAUGGCUACUUCGCUCCGGUCGUCGUGAACUCAAGUUCAAGUGCCACCACAUUGCCUGUGUAGAGGGCCCCAGCCCUCGCUCGUUCAAACGGAUGAGGGAUCUUAUUCUCCAUCGGCUGUGGCAUCACUCGAAGCCAACUCAUCAAUGUGACUGCUGUCCAUCUAAAUUUCCCCACCUCUACCAAGCACUUCUUCACAAAAUGAGGGAGCACACUGACCAACACGUCCAAGACCAGGUCCAGUCUCUGCUUAUGGUACAACCUCAUGAAAUCCGUGACUUUUCUCCAGCAGAAGACUUGCUCUUUCAUAACAAUCAGCCAAUUAGGACAGAGUCGCAACCAUUACUAUACAAUCACCAUCAUCAGCAGCAGAGUAAACAGCCAAUGAUCCUCUAUAAAUCUGAACUUGUGUAAAAACGUGAGUCCAGGUUUAGAUAGAUUUUGUUCUCAUCGUCAUUCAUUUGUGCAAUAUUUACGACACGAUCUGGGUUUCCUGCCUACCUCCUCCUUUCACAUUCUAUUUCUAUUACGGACUCUAUUAUAAAUUACAACAUCCAAACUGUAUUUAUUUUUAAUGUACUAAUAUUAAGUAAAUAUAUGUAAAACAAAAGUACUUAGCUCUAGCACUGACUAUACGAUGUCAUAUUUACGGUAUUUAUUUAUUUAUGUACGAUAAGUUGUCCCAAAUAAGCCUCCCUCAUUAUUGUUGAACAAAUUGAUUCCAUAAUGUUUUGCUUUAAAUUUGAACACAACGUGUACUUGUUGCACAUGCACCAGUUGAUUGAACUCGCAUCAAAGGUUUUUCAAGUACAAAUUUUGUCUCGAGAGCGAGUGGGGGACGUACAAAACAGAGAGAGAGAGCGUAAGUGCGAAAUAGGCAUACAUAAUUAAUAGUUGAUAAAGGAUAUAAUGUAAUUUUUAUUAACAACGAAUAAAUGUCAUUUUUGCACAUUCA